AUGGCGCGGACUGUAGCGACUCGAACGUAUGGCAAGGCCUCGACAAAGUCAAAGGCACGGCGCCUAUUUGGCGAACUGCCGCAAAGUCCAGUACGGAAGCCCAAGACAACAGUAGCAGUGGCCGUGGAUUCCGACGACGAUUCGAUCAUCAGAAUCACCGAGAAACUUGACGCCGUUGCGCUUGGAGCCGAAUACGACUCCUCCGAAGAUGAACUUUCGAGGGAUUUUGGCUCGAUUGUGGUGGAAUCACCGCCCAAAGCAACAAAGACAGUCUCCCCAAGGCGGCAGGCUUUAUCUCCGAAGAAACAAGUGAAGGAAUCCCCCAAACCGGUCAGGCCGACAACACCAAAAGCGAAAACUCCAAUUUCCACGAAGGCCGUGAGAGCGACCACUCCAGAGACUCGGGUUCCAGAGUCACAAGAAGAACCCAAGCCGGACUACCGCAUCCUCACCUGGGACGAAGUCUGCCCGCCGGGAGACACAAUCGAGAAGAUUGCCGAGGCUUCGUAUGCAGAGGUCUAUCGCGUCAGGAAUGAGCGCGGCACCAGCAUCAUCAAGUGCAUCCGUCUUGAAUCGCCAAUCAAGCCGCAGACCAAGGCACAGGAGCGGUCCGGCCUCGUCGACGAGGAGCCCCAUUCGGAGGAUGACAUGCGGGGAGAGCUGCGCAUCUCCGAGUGGCUUGCUGACAUUCCGGGGUUCGUCGUGUACAAAGAGCGCUACCUCGUGCAAGGAAAGGCCCCGAAAUGUCUGCUGGAAACGCACCAGGCCUUUCACCGAAAGAUGAAGCGCAAGGAUCCGGAUAGACUCCAGUUCUACCCGAGCCCGAGCCGAUAUCUUGCAGACACAGUUUUCUUGGUCGUAGAGCUUGGCGAUGCCGGAACAGCACUCGAGGACUUUGAGCUGGCGGAUUCGAGUCAGCUGUGGGAUAUCUUCUUUCUCGUUGCCAUUGCUCUGGCCAGGGCCGAAGAAAUGAGCUGUUUCGAGCACCGCGAUCUGCACGAGGGCAAUCUCUGCAUACGGCAAAGCGAAGAGCCCCGGACCCGUGAUCGGAGCAAGGAGGGACCCUAUUUUGGGUACUCGGGACUCGACAUCACGAUUCUUGACUAUGGCCUUUCUCGAGCCGAAGACCUCAAUAUCGACGAGUCUGAGCCUAUCGCGCUCGACCUUGAGAAGGAACUCGGCAUCUUCACCAGCACUCAUGCGCCGCAGUGCAAGGUCUACCGCCAAAUGCGGUCCUUCCUCAUCCGUGGCGAGCGCGGCUGUCUCCCACCAACAGCACACAAGUCGCCGUAUCCCAAAGCAGCCGACGGCGAGCCCCUGUCGUGGGACGUAUACGUGCCGUACACGAACGUUUUGUGGUUAGCCUAUCUGUACCAGUACAUGAUCAAGGGGUUCAAGGGCGACAAGAAGGACGUCGCAGAGUUCAAGAAGGCGACCAAGGAGCUGUGGAAGUACCUGGAUCCCGAAGCAAAGGCCGGGGUACCGGCGUUCGGCUGUGCCGCUGACGUUGUGAGAUUCGCGUUCGAGGCUGGGUGGAUUGGCGAGGAACAGUUGAUGGGCGGGGAGGAAGAGAGGGAGGAGAGUAUCAUUUUGUCGCGUGAGGAGGUGGAGGAGCUCAGGAGAUCUCCGCGAAGGAAAGUCCGGUGA